AUGCCGGCGGCACUCAACGGAAGGCGGACCGUCCGCCGCCCCCUUGCGGACCGUCCGCUGUUCCUGGGUGUUACACUUCCGGACAAAUCGAUCUGCCGCUUCAAGUGCGUUUCCUGGCACUGGUACGGCCUUAUCACCAACCCCGAGAACCGCAAGAAGAUCCCCCAUACUCUCUCCGGCUUCUUCUACCCCAGCAAUAACAGGUGGACCCCAGAGGACCCCGCCAGAAUAAUCCCCGAUUUCGUUGGCAUCGUGGGGGACGAAGAGCCAUUUUCAGACCCCUCGUUGACCUUCUUGGCCUCCUACAGGCCGAUUGUUCCAAAGAUCUGCUGCAAUGGCCUUCUUUUCUGCUUGUGCUGGAAGGUCUCCCCAAGAGAUGAAAGCGAUUUUGUUGUGUGCAAUCCUGCGACAGAGAAAUGGGUUGUCGUGCCGGACUCGGUUGAUGAAAGCAUUGCUUUGAAGUACCAUUUUGUUUUUGACCCAGCCAUCUCCCCCCACUUCCAAGUGUUUGAAAUUACAGACGCGGAUGAGAAUUAUGGAUACAUCGGUGAUGUGAAUAUCUACUCAUCGGAGACAGGUGCAUGGAGUUGCAGAGGGAAUGGUUGGGGCGAUGAGCUUCAGUUUGUCAGUAGAGGAGAGACCGUGACGCCGGAGCAAGAGGAGCUUGAACCGGAGAUCGUUGGAGACUCUACUCCCGUCGAGACUCAAGGUGAUGCGCCGUCGGAGGCCGUGUUCGGUUACUUCUACCCCGCGGACGGAGGUGCGGGUGAGGAGUAGAUGGUUGGUGGCUAUGUGAAGGGCACUAUCGGUAUAUAGUGUUACCUUCUUAUUUUGCGAUAUGUAUGGAGUGCUAGUAGUAGAACUUUCCGCUGUAAAAACUCUGAAGACUUAUUGUAUUAAACUUUGAACCGCUUUGUAAUAUAACCUCGUGUGUUGGACGUACC